AGAGAGAGAGAGAGAGAGAGAGAGAGAGAGAGAGAAUAAGUAAGACGAACGAAGAGUAGAAGAGAGAGAGAGAGAGAGGAGAUCACAGAGUUGAAGCAUGGGUCGUGGCCGUGCACCUUGUUGUGAGAAGGUGGGUUUGAACAAAGGAGCAUGGACUCCCUCAGAGGACAUGAAACUAGUGUCCUACAUUAAAAACCAUGGACAUGGCAAUUGGCGAGCCCUCCCUAAACAAGCUGGGCUGCUGCGUUGCGGGAAGAGUUGUCGCCUAAGAUGGACAAAUUAUCUAAGACCAGACAUCAAGCGCGGGAAUUUUUCGCGGGAAGAAGAAGAAACCAUUAUCAAACUCCAUGAGCUCUGGGGCAACAGGUGGUCCUUAAUUGCUUCACGUUUACCUGGGAGGACAGAUAAUGAGAUAAAGAAUGUGUGGAAUACUCACUUGAAGAAAAGGUUGGGAUCAAAAGUGAAAAGUUCUUGUUUUGGUGAUCCUAGUUCAUCAUGUGGCUCCUCAAGCCAGUCUUCGUCCUCAAAUUGUACCCAAGAAGAUCAAUCGAACCCUAAAGAAGCAAACCCAUCAUUUGAAUUUGAUUUAUCCCCCAAAAAUUGCCAUCCAAACUUGCUAGAGGAUACAUUUGAAAUCCCUAUUGAGCCUGAAUUAGGGUUUUUUGAUGCAUUCAAUGAUAUAUUUGAUGACAAUUCAAGUUUAGUGUCAAGUUUGGAUGGGCCUACCAAUUCAAAUGGAGACAAACCUCAAAUUAUGGGGUUUGAAGAAGUCACAGAUGAGAAAGAAUUUGCAAAUUGGGCCAAGUUCUUAGAGAGAGAACUCGAUCUAAAAGAAAUUGAGAAUGCUCAACCUAGUCAUGCAAAAGAUGAUGGAGCCAUCCAACCAAACCCUUGUUUGAUUGAUGAAAGGGUGGAGUCAUCUCCCAUUUACUUUGACAAGUGGCCUUCUUCUCCACUCCUUUUUUAAUGUGUGAGGUUUAGUGAGAGAAGGCAUCAUAGAUCAUGAAAGUAAACAUGUAAAUUACAUUGUAAUUCCCAUAAUAAAAUACAAGGAUUACAUGCCACUGAAUAUUUUGCAUCCUAAGACAGUUUUUAUUCACAAUCCCUUCUCAUUUUGUGAAA